CAUGGACCCCGCGGUGCCCAAAGCCACGCUGAAGGUGCUGGGGCUGUGCGUGGCGCUGCUGGUGCUGGUGGCGGCGGUGACAGUCUCGGUGGCCGUGCUGCUGUGGCGCUCGGAGGCUCUGGGGAUGCUGCGGGGCUGCCGGGAGCGGGCGGCCAACGAGAGCCGGGUGCUGGAGCUGCGCCUGGCCGAGCUGGAGCAGGAUCGUGCCCGGCUGCAGCGCGCCGCAGCCGAGAGCGCGCGGGCAGAGGAUGCUCGGCGCCGGGAGCUGGCCCAAGCACGCGAGGAGGGCGAGAAGCUCAAUUCCAGCUUGGCGUCCUGCCGGGAGCGGGCGGCCAGGCUGGAGGCCAACGCGACGGCGCUGCGGGACGAGGCGCUGGCGCUGCGGCGCGAGCGGGCUGAGCUGGCCCGCAGGAACGCGGCUCUGCAAGAGGAGCUGGCACAGGGCGCAGAGCAGGCGAAGGGGCUGCGGCAGCGGCUGGAGGAGGCGGAGGAGCAGCGGCGAGCGCUGCGGGCACGCGGGGAGAAGUGUGAGGCUCGGCAGAAAGAGCUCGAGAAAACCCUGAGGGACUACGCGGCCGAGGCGGAGGCGCUGCGACGGCGGCGGGUGGGGUCCCGCACGGCCAGGCGCAGGUGCCCCCCUUCCCGGAAGGGCUGAAGCCCCGCAGCAUCCUUCCUGCCCCCCCCUUUUACCAGCACACCGACCGCACUUGGGUACAGCACCGCCACCGCGCCAGCACGGCUGCGGCCCCCCCCUGCACCCACCUGGGCUCAGCCGAAGCGGGGUGCUGGGGGUGCCGGGGCCGAGCCCAUCAUUCCCAGUCCCACAGCGCCCCUUAGCACUGGGACCCAGCAGCAGCUCAGCCCCGCUGCGCGGGGCAGCAUCAGAGCGGAGCCGUCGCAGCAAGACCACCGGCGCUGCCCUCGCCCGCGUCCCACCGCAUCGCGGGCACACAGGGACCGGGCUCGGGCAGUUUCGGGUGCUGGAAGCCUUUGCUGGCCACCACCUGCUUGUCGCAGCUGAUUUAUUGGAACAGGUUCAUGUCCUGAGGUUAUCCAAAAGGAUUUAUUAAUCAUUAACUCUAUCCGUGGAUUAAACAGAAGUGGUGGUCAAGCACCUGCUAUGGUUAACCUGCAGCCAACCCCCCUCCUGCUUACUACACACCUAAGGAUUAAGCCAGCGUCACGUGUACAAAAUAAUGCUAAAGCUUGACGUGUAUAACAUAUUCCUCAAGCUUGGUCCAUAAACAUGCCAUAUGUACAGAGACGUCGCUUACCUCGCUGCAAGCACCAGACGCAGGGUCAGGGCUCUCGGCCUCGAGCACCAGCCCUGCGCAGGGGGAUUUGGCACAGCGGGGGGGCUCCGCACACCCCAGUGCCUGCAGACACCCCUAGCGUGAAGCCGUUGACCUGCAGCCAAAGCAUGGCAUGGCUUUGGGGUGUGCACAAGUCAGGCAACUCCAA